AUGUUAGCGUGUAUUUCUAUAAGAAAAAAACUAACUCAAACCUAUUAUAUCACUGAAACAGCUUUUCAAGAAGCUCAAAUCAGUAGUAGCAACAGUUAUGAAGAUCAUAUCGGAACAUUGAUGAGAUAG